UCGAGCGGUCUGUAUGUAUGUUUGUUGAAAUGGAAAAUAUUGCGCAACGAAACGCCUACAGUAAUAGGAUACAUUGAAGAAAUAAACGUAAAAUGGGAAACGUAUAAUAAUACACGCAUAGGUUAAGUGUACACUAAAUAUAAACUGAGACGUUCGUUGGUCACUGAAUUCACCACCGUGUGCUUUUUUUUCUUUCGAUUGUAUCAACAGGCAGUUGUAAUAUAAAAGCAGAGCCAUGGCUGAGGCAGGAUUUCCCAAUCAACAUACCACAAGGACAACAGUCACAACUAACACAAGGGUUGAAACCACCUUGCGGUUUGAUAAAAGUUAUGUCAAGACAAUUCCUGGAAUUCUAAAAAUUGCUCAACUUGUAUUGAACAUUGUUGGUUUCAUAAGUAUUUCUGCUAGUGGAUUAAGUUAUUAUUCACGGGCUGAAUACUUUAACACAGUUGCCAUGACUGGUUUUUGGUUUACUGGUAUUUUGUUGGCUUUCUACCUGUUCCAUGUUAUUGAAAAGUUCUACAAGGUGCCAUGGCUGAAGAUUGAGAUGAUUUUUUGCGCCGUUUGGGUGAUUUUAUAUUUGAUUGCCUCCUGUUUAGCUGUGACUGCUGGAUUCGAAGGGUAUUCAGUUGCAGGUGUAUUUGGUUUCAUUGCUAUGGUCACAUAUGGUUAUGACGCCUGGCUGAAAUAUAAUGGUGUUCGAAAUGGGGAAUUGGCCCAAGGUGAACGAGUCAUCAGCACACAAAAAACAACAGUCACAUCACCAACAGUGAACUACUAAAUAGCAUCACACAUAAAGCAAAUUAAUUAAUUACGUAAAAUUUAUAAUUUGAGCAAGCAUAUAGGUUGCAUAAUAUGGUGGCAUCAUUAUUCCAAAAUUGCAUUAAUGCACUUACGUUACGAAAAUGUUAUAUACAUUCUAAACUUUAUUGAAACAUUUUUUUUUAUAAUAUCUUUAUAGGAUUUAAUCCCACAUAUCUAUUAAGCAUAUUCAUAUAUUUAUGUUAUUCAUAUAUACAAUUAUUCUUUUCAAAAGAAAUGGCACAUAGUGCAUAUGUUGUUUUUUUAAAUUAUUUUGAACAAAAAUUAAUAUUUAUUUCAAGGAAUGUUUCUAGCUCAUAUAAAUAUAUCCAAACACUGGAACAAGUUUGUGGCCUUACACCAUGUAAAUAAUAGAAUUAUUUACAUAUUGGUUGUACAUAACUGGGAGAUCUUAAUUCUCUAACAAUAGGUAUUUAUUUAUAUUAUAUAUAUAUAACACAUUACACAUUUUUUUUAAUAUUAUUCACAUGUAUUCUGAGAGAUUGUUACUUAAAUAUAUUAAAAUAGGGAAGCAUUUAGUUUAAUUUCUAAAAUGUUGCAAUGUUUUGUGGGAAGCAAUUCAAUGUGAAAUUUCUUGUUGAUUUGAGAUGUGAGUUGAGAUUUAUUUUUAUUUUGCAACUUUGAGUCCACUAAUAAACCAUCGAACUUA